AUGAAAACACUGUCAGUUGUGAAAUUUCUCGCGCGAAAGGGAUAUUUUGUAGCCUUUGAAGUCUGAAGUAAGUUAAUGAUCAAGAAAAUUAACCAUCGUAAUGCCUGGGAAAGCCAAUGUAGACAAGGAAAUUUGGCGAUGGACAGAAACAACCUAUCCAGAAGAAGUUACGGAGGAACAUGUUCGGAUUGCUUAUCGAGUCAAUCUCCCAAUCUGUUCGGCGUCUUGCAGGCGAAACUGCAAGGGCAAUCCAAAUUGUCUUGUGAAUCUUGGUGAGAAGGAAUGGCUGAAGGGGAUCAGCGAUGAACACUGGUAUCAGAUGGAUGACCCGGAAGAAGAAAAGAGGAGAAAGGAGGAUUUGGUUGGGUUGAAAAAUCUUGGUGCAACGUGUUAUGUGAACACAUUCUUGCAGGUAUGGUUCAAUAACCAGCAGUUUCGAGAAGCAAUCUAUAGGUGGAGGCCAUUGGAUGAAGAAUGGGGAAAAGAACAACCACUUGCAGAUGGUAUUUUAGCGGCUCUUCCUGACGAAUCCUUGCAGCCCUCUUCAAUAUGCGGUCACCUGCAGCUCCUCUUCGCUUUGCUGCAAUUUAGCAAGAGAAGAUACAUUGAUCCUUCUAAUUUCAUCAACUGCCUUGGACUGGAUGCAGCAUUGCAACAAGAUGCUCAAGAAUUCAGCAAGCUGUUGAUCUCCUUGUUGGAGGGAACGUUGAAAGAACAACCUGAUCCCUUGGUGCGGAAUGUCAUCGAACAGCAGUUCAGCGGACAGUAUUCGUACGUAACCAGGUGCAAUCAUUGCGGCAACUGUUCCGAGAGGCCUUCAAGGUUCUACGAGCUCGACCUCAACAUCAAAGGUCAUAAGCAGCUGGAAGACAGUCUGAGUGAGUUUCUCAAGGAAGAGAAGCUAGAAGGCUCUAAUCAGUAUCUCUGUGAGAAAUGUAACUGUAAGAGAAAUGCAACCAGAUGCAUCAAGCUGCAGACACUUCCACCCGUCCUCAAUAUCCAACUACUGAGAUUCGUGUUUGAUAGACACAGUGGAACAAAAAAAAAGCUGAACAAUUUCUUGCAGUUUCCUGAGGAGAUAGAUAUGUCCAAACACCUUGCCAGAAGAGACAAAGAUGCUGUAUAUGACUUGGAGGCUGUCCUCAUACACAGGGGGCCCACCGCUUACUCCGGUCAUUACAUCGCCCACAUCCGUAGCCAUGGCGACGGAGGGGCGUGGUAUAAGUUCAACGAUGAGGAGAUUCAGAAGAUGGAAGGGAAGAAUCUCAAGCUCGGGUGUGAGGACGAAAUCUCCGCAGGGAAAGAAGGGAGGCGACCGAAGGUCCCAAAAGGAAACCAUGCAUCCAAGAAUGCUUACAUGUUGGUAUACACAAGGAGAACCUCAGACAAGGCGAAACCCGUUCCAGAAAGUAAUGUUGAGAAUUCAGCAACAUCCAGCGUGGAAAGUCUGCCGGAUUAUUUACAGGAGCUCAUCAACCGUGACAACGAGAAGUUUGAGGAUUGGUUGAGGGAGAUGGUUGCAAUGAGAACCAAGAAUGUGGAGUCUGGAAGAUCAAGGCAGCAGGAAAUACAAACCAUCUACAAACAGAUCCAACCUGCAGAGGAUGGAAAAUGCGACUGGAUAGCGACUGAAUGGCUGAAGAAAUGGUUGCAUGAAGAUACAAUUGUCUCCAAGAUUGAUCCAAUUAAUCUCUACAAGUACGAAUGCAAACAUCGGAAUCUUGAUCCACACAAAGUCAAAGAACUCAAAAGGAUCAGUUCAAAAGCUGCUGACCUGUUGUUCGCCAAGUACGGCGGCGACGGCCUCCAUCUGAGGAUGACCCAAGCUAAGAUGUGUGUAGCUUGCGUCAAACAGAAAUGUCAGGUCAUGAGGAUCCAAGCCCAGCUGGUCGCUGAUCAGAAGUUUGUCACUGAGAACACCAAAGCAAAAUGUCACAGUGAGGAUGGUUUCUGGGUUGGCAAGGAUUCUCUUCGGCAGUGGAAGAGGAUGGCCGUCGAGAAGGUCGAAUCUCAGUUCGAUGGAGGAGGAGGCGGGGUGACAGAAGAAGAGGACAUGGAGAUAGAGGAUGAUGACCAGACUAUGACCAACGGAGUGUCAUCGGCAACUGGAGAUGAUGGAGGAAAGAAUGGAACUGUUCCGAAAGAGAACGGAGAGAAGGAGGGGAAGCACACAGAAGUUGAUGAGGAAGAGGACGAGGAUGAAGAACCUCUCAUAUUCAAUGAGGAUCUUCUCUGCAAUCAUAGAAACCUUAGUACAGACAUGAGUCAGAGGAGACUCAUCUUAGCUCCUGUGUGGGAGGUUCUCCGCAAAUACUUCCCAGAAUCCUCAGAAUUCAAAGCCGACAGCCAGCCAUGCCUUCAAUGUCAGCUAGCAGAUGCACAUGAUGCAGAGCAGGCUCAGAAGAGAUGCAAUCUUGCCACAAACCAGAAGAAAUCGUUAUCGCAGCUGUUUCAUGGGAGGAGUAGACCUUCGUGGAAAAAGGGGGAGUCAACGGAAGUUUACAUCACGCCACUUCCCUUUGUGGAGGCGUGGCGGAAUUUUCUACGGCAUCCGGUCAAAGCCGAUCUCCCGACCGACAUCUCAAACGGUUCUUUCAUCUGUGCACACAACGGUCUGAUCUUGGAUCCAAGCACAAUAUCACCUAUUGAUGAAACAUCUGGAGUUGCGUUAGUGUGGCCCUCUGAGUGGGAGUUACUCCAAGCGAACUACAAGGUAGACCAACCCAUCAGGAUAUGGAAGGUCAUUGCCGAUGGGCCGUGCUUCAUAACGGAACCAGAGCUUUGUCAGACAUGCUCACAGGAGAGACUGCUGGCCGAACACCAAGCAAAGUUCACCUACUCCGGGGUCAAGGUCUACAUCCGUAAGUUCAUGCCGGAGGUCGGGGAGAACUCCAAGGCAGCCAUCAGCUUCCUGAUGGAUGCCACGUCUCCAGGUGGAUCCAGCGACCAGGAGAACAAGGAUCCCGACUUUCAUCAGUCUGAACCCAAGCGAAUGAAGUUGGAACUAGACAACAACUCAAGCUCCAGGAGGAGUUCGCGGCACAGAAGAGUAAGAGGGGAGAAAGAAGUGAUUGUCUCAUCAACAAAUACGCUCAAAGAACUCAAGAUCAAGGUCAUGCAUGCCUUCAGCGUGGCCCCGUUCGACCAGACGCUGCUCUACAGGGGGAAACCCCUUCUGGAUAACGAAGCCACCCUGGGCCACCUAGGGGUCACACCCGAAGCCUUGAUCACUCUCAUCGUAGACAACCCCGUGUGUGAAGACCCCCUUGCCAUGGAUGAAAUAGUCAGAGCAUCAUCUGUACCAGAAGCUGGUUUCAAAGGGACUGGUCUGCAAAGCAGUUGACCUUCGAACUAUGAACUUUGACCCCGUCACUGACAAUUCAGGAUGCUGAUUGGGCGAUUUCAGGGAUGUACAGUGCAUGUCAGAGAGCAAGAGAUAUAUGCUAGAUAUUGUGUGUUUUCAAGAUUGUAUCUGUUCAAAAGAAGAAGAGUAUUGUUCUUGCUGGCAAACGUAUAUGAAAAGAGAAAUAUUUAUUGUGCUAGAUGAUGGCUGUCUGAGUUGAUAGGUGGUACUUGUUGAGUGAAUGAAUGAAUAGUUGAUGAGGCACGAAAAGUAUUUACAUAUACAUAUGAUGAAUAGAGUCUAGUAUUCUAUAUUGAGACCACAUGUGGUUUAAGCCUGGCUAUUAAACGCCUUUGCUUUCUGGGUGUGCGUUCAGCUGCGCAUUGCCCAAACGCAAUGCUCAACAACCAAUCAACGUAAAGGAUUCCUUGGGUUUUACCAUCGGAUGGCAAAGUUUCCAUAAUCGUAACUGUUUCAAGGAGUGUGUAUUCUGAGAAGAGAGUAUAUUUCCAUGAGAAGUAUGGGCUAAAAUAUGCCAAAAAUUCAGGUUUCUUAUUACCGAAUUGCAUUAUCUAACA